CAAAAUUUCAAUGUAGCUGCCUCGAAAAUACCUCAUCAAAUGAUCGACAAGUUUACCAUCACGCAUCCGAAUCGUAGCAUCGAUUGUGAAUUAUAAAUGUUACGCCAAGGGAUAAUAUAUUAUUAAAACAUCCGUUACUUCAUGUUCACAUAUGAAAAGGACGUGAAAUUUUAUGGGCCGAUAAAUAGUAAAUGAGGGUAAUAAUCGCAAUUGAUCGCAAGAUAAUUUUAAUAUCCUAGGAAAUUCAUAACUGACAUACAUCAAACGAUUUUUGUUGACGGAAUAUGGUCAAUUUAUGUCCCUUCAACGGGAAUUCAGAAGUAUUCUGCAUAUACAUUAUUAACCAAAAGCAUAGUUGGGAGUUUAGGGCCCGGGCCAGCGAGGUGUAUGACUUCGCAGCGACGUGAGCCCACCUGUUAUAGGACAACAAAAUUUUCAUCUAAUAGGCAUCGGAAACUCCAGCCAUUCAGGGAAACGUGACUGUUUUAUCCUCGACAACCGCAAACAGUGCAGCUACUAAGCCAACCAAAACGAGGAACGGUGUACACUAUCAAAGCUCCACAACGCUGCCCCAAGAACACCAACAUUACCAUUUCGAAAUUGAGAGAGAUUGAGAUUAUACCGCCGCCGGAAACGGAGCGAGGAGGCAGCUGGUCCCACCACCACCACCACCCCAAUCUGACCUGCCACAAUCAACCAUCAUCUAAUAUUACGGAGCGUUAAACCGUCAUCAUGAGUGUGAACGUGAACCGCAACGUGAGCGAUGUCUUCUAUCGCUACAAGAUGCCCCGCAUCAUCGCCAAAGUGGAGGGCAAAGGCAAUGGAAUUAAGACGGUGAUCGUGAACAUGGCCGAGGUGGCGAAGGCGCUGGGUCGUCCGCCCACCUAUCCCACCAAGUACUUCGGCUGCGAGCUGGGCGCCCAGACCCAGUUUGAAAAGAAGAACGAGCGAUUCAUCGUCAACGGAUCGCACGACGCCACCAAGCUGCAGGAUCUGCUCGACGGGUUCAUUCGCAAGUUCGUAUUGUGCCCGGAGUGCGAGAACCCCGAGACGGAGCUGCUGGUUUCUACCAAAAAGAACACGAUCUCGCAGGGAUGCAAGGCAUGCGGUCAUCACGGUCCACUUGAGUCCAACCACAAGCUGACCACGUACAUCUUGAAGAAUCCGCCUACCCUCAAUCCGACGUCCCAGGGCUCCUCCCUCACUGAGGGCAAACGAUCCAAGAGGAGCAAGAAGGCGAACGGCGAGACCAACGGUGAUCAGAACGAGGAUGCCAACAACUGUACCGUUGACAACUCCACUACUGAUCUUACCGCCGAUAAUGGUUUGGGCAGCGAUGGCGAUGAUGACACCGAGUGGGCAGUGGAUGUGUCGGAGGAAGCGGUACGUGCUCGCAUGCAAGAUUUGACUGACGGCGCGAAGAACAUGACCAUCAACGAUGACCUAGAAAAGUCUGAGAAGGAGCGCAUGGACAUCCUUUACGAACAGGUUAAGUCCAGACGCGACGGCGGUCAGCUGGACAACGCACAGGUGCAGAAAGAGCUGCUCAGCGAGGCCGAGCGUCUGGAAAUCAAGCAAAAGGCUCCACUUGUUCUAGCCGAGUUGCUCUUCGACCAGAACAUCUUGUCCCAGAUCAAGAAGUACAGGCUGCUAUUCUUGAGAUUCACCGUGAAUGACAAGAAGGCCCAGCGUUACUUGAUGGGUGGUUUAGAGCAGGUCAUCGCUCUACACCGUGACACUCUCAUGGCAAAGGUGCCCGGUUUGCUGAAGGUGCUCUACGAUUUGGACAUUCUUGGGGAAGAAUGCAUCACCGAGUGGGCUGAAAAGGUUUCCAAAAAGUACGUGUCGAAGGAAGUGAGUCAGGAAAUUCACGAUCAGGCCGCCCCCUUCAUAAAGUGGCUUAAGGAGGCGGACACCGAAGAAUCCGAGAGUGAAGACGAAAGCGAUGUGGAAAUUGAGUAUAACGAUCGGGCUCAGGUCACUCCGCUCAAGGCGACACCGAAACCGGCCGCUCCUGUCAAGAAGCCAGAACCGGAGGAUGAAGGCGGCGACGAUGUUGACAUCGAUGCCAUCUAAAUUGACCCACACGGCACAGCAGCAUGUUUAUGUUCUACGUUUACAUCCUUCUACCUACUUCUACUGAUAACGUUAUUACAGGGUGUCGGGGUCCGUUUGAUUAUUUAUCCAAUUAAUUUUUUUUAGUGUCGUGUCACUUUAUUACCCACACAUAAGGCGCCCAGUUCUAGUAUUAGUACGAUUUUCUUAUGCAGCCGUCUACUGAACUGAUUUACCGUUGUAAAACUUUGCCCCGGCUCGAAAUGGGUGGCAAUUUACUAUGACGGUAGGUGUUUAGUUUUUCGAAAAUUGUGUUAAUACUCAUGUGGCCCAACUAUGGAAUUACGUAUAAAAUAGUAUAUUUGAAUUUCCGUAAUUAUGUCAUCGGAAAAGAGUCUUAAAUUAAUUGAUGGGUGGGCUUCACCAUUUUACCCGCUUAUAAGUUUCCUGUGUAUUUUUAUCUUAUUUACUAUUUAUCGGUACCAGAAUAUCAUAUAAAAUCCGCAAUAUUUACUUUUAUUAUUCCUAUUGAUUUAUAUAAAAUUCAGAAUGUUAACAUACAGAAUUUAUAUUUAAACAGAUGGUUAGGUAGGUUAUCAUAUUUGCCCAUGUCAUGUAUUUUAUUACAAGUUCAACAUGGAAUCUAAUUUUAAUAUUGUUUCAUAGUCACAAUAAACAAUUUUAAAAAUA